GUUGGGCAGUUUUCAAGAUUCCACACUUUCGGCCCAAAGGGACAAAAAAGUUUCCUCUGCCAGAAUCAGUAACAGGCACCGCGAAAACACGAGGACGAGCAAUCCUUACCGAUUGAUCCAACAAAACUUUGAUAUUUCUAAGAGAGAAACCCGUCAAUGCUAGAAGAACCAGAAACCAUUUCUUAAUCGCAAUCCUGUUUUUUUUUUUUUUUUUUUUUUCCCGUUUCUCGAUUCACAUUCGUCCAUGGCGGAUCAUUUGGCCAGAGCAGAGGAUUUCGAUUCCAAAGCAGAAAAGAAGCUCAGUGGUUGGGGAUUGUUCGGCUCCAAGUACGAUGAUGCUGCAGAUCUCUUCGAUAAAGCCGCCAAUUCUUACAAGCUUUCGAAAUCAUGGGAUAAAGCAGGAUCAACGUAUAUAAAGUUAGCAAAUUGUCAUCUGAAGAUGGAAAGCAAACAUGAAGCAGCUCAAGCUUAUAUUGAUGCGGGCAAUUGCUAUAAGAAAACAUCUGUUAGAGAGGCCAUAUCUUGCAUAGAGCAGGCAGUGAAUUUGUUUUGUGACAUUGGAAGACUCAAUAUGGCUGCAAGAUAUUACAAGGAAAUUGCUGAAUUGUUCGAGUCCGAACAGGAUAUCGAGCAAGCAAUCGAUUACUUUGAAAAAGCUGCUGACCUUUUCCAAAAUGAAGAAGUGACAACUUCAGCAAAUCAAUGCAAGCAGAAAGUUGCACAAUUUGCUGCACAGUUGGAACAGUAUCAGAAAGCAAUCGAUAUCUACGAAGAGAUAGCGAAGUAUUCUCUGAAGAGUAACUUGCUCAAGUAUGGAGUGAAAGGGCAUCUUCUUAAUGCUGGAAUUUGCCAGCUUUGCAAAGGCGAUAUCGUUGCUAUUACCAGAGCAUUGGAUAACUAUCAGGACCUAGAUCCUACAUUUUCAGGGUCACGUGAAUAUAAGCUUUUAGCGGACAUUGCAUCUGCCAUUGAUGAGGAAGAUGUAGCAAAAUUUACUGAUGUUGUCAAGGAAUUUGAUAGCAUGACCACACUGGAUCCAUUGAAGACGACCCUUCUUUUAAGGGUGAAGGACAAGCUGAAAGCCAAAGAGCUGGAAGAGGACGAUCUUACCUAAAGAGGAUGAUUUGUUUUUUAGAUUCUUUCUAUGGCUGUGUGUGUGUGUGUGUGUGUGUGUGUUCUAUGUCCAGAUGUUUUGGCAAUCGACUGUCUAUUCAUUAUUGAAUGACUUGGUGUUUGGGUUUGGGUUUGGAUUUUGAUGAAUAAAGUCUCAUCCUCUAAGCUGUGAGCUUCUGAGUGUUAUUCUCAUUUUGGAAA